CGGUAAAAAGCGAAAUUUUACCGGGCUUUUAUUUCAUAAUGAUGUUUCAUAAUUAAAUCGCCAAGACGGAUCUUUUCCUUUUGAUCCGUUUUCUCUAAUCGUUCUAAGGGAGAAAUAAAAUGUAAUAACAGCUAAUUCAGUAUUUAGAUUAUUUGAUCCGACUACCGCGCUAUUCAUACAGCACCGGUGCUACUUAUUUAUGGAACGAGUGCUUGACUAUUGUAACAUUUCACACCGGCGUCGGCGAUAUUUCUACAUCAUGAUGAAGUUGUUGUCGUUUGUGUUGUUUCUCUCUCUAAUUCCGGCUUUCUUGUCUACUACAGCCAAACCUAAAGGACCUAAAGUCACUGAUAAAGUCUUUUUUGACAUAAAGAUUGGUGAUAAGCCUGCUGGUCGAAUUGUGAUUGGACUGUUUGGCAAGACUGUUCCUAAAACCGUCAAAAAUUUCAAAACUUUAGCUGAAGGAACUAUGACCAAAGGUGAUAAACCAUUAACAUAUAAGGGAAGUUCUUUUCAUCGUGUCAUUCCUGCAUUUAUGAUCCAAGGUGGUGAUUUCACCAAAGGUGAUGGAACUGGAGGUGUCAGUAUAUAUGGUGAGAAAUUCUCUGAUGAAAACUUCAAGCUAAAGCACUAUGGAGCUGGCUGGCUGUCGAUGGCAAAUGCUGGCAAAGAUACAAAUGGUUCACAGUUCUUCAUUACCACUAAGAUAACUGAGUGGCUUGAUGGACGCCAUGUUGUUUUUGGUAAAGUCCUUGAAGGGAUGAAAGUGGUUCGUGAAAUUGAAAAUACUAAGACUGGUGAACAAAAUCGACCUGUAGUUCCAGUUAUCAUUGCAGAUUGUGGAUCACUUCCAGUAGAUGAACCAUUUGCUGUUUCAAAAGCGUCAGCUGACAAAUAAAUUUUUUAUGCAAUAUUUCUAA